UUAUAUCAAGGUAAUACUGGAUUAUGGUUUGCCUGGUUAGUGGAUAAUGAAUCUAAAAAAUUACGUGGUGGAACUAUUCCUAGUAGAAUCAGACUAGAAGAUGAAAUGGUACUAAGAAGAAGUCUGUCUGAGAACUUCAGUUUACAUGAUUGUGAAGGUUCAAGACGUGGGUCUGGAACUGCCAGGAGAAGUUUCUUCCGCCGUCGUAGUCGACAUCAUCGCAAUAAUUCCAAGGAUAGUCGAGAAUUUAAUUCAUUCUCUGAUGCUUCCUUAAAUAGUGAUUCCGUUCCUAUACUCGAUGAUUCCAUAUUUGGAUAUACCAAAAUAGAAAAACAAGAAUCUAAUAUGAUUCGCCCUGUUGUAGUAUUAGCACCAUUAAGUGAUGCUGUUAUAAAUAAAUUGAUAGCUGAAUCACCUGAUAAAUAUUGUCAAUGUCAAACAGUGUUAAUGUCAUCAUCAGCUAUGUCUAUGGAACAGAAUUUAUCUCGUGGACAUUAUAUAGAUUAUUGGAAACAAGAUGAUCAAUAUGAAUGUAUCCGAGUGGCUGAUAUUAAAGAUAUCUGUGAUAAGAAAAUGCAUUGUUUAUUAAAUGUUGGUGUUGAAGCUAUAGAAAGAUUACAAAGAUUAAAGAUAUAUCCUAUUGUUGUAUUUGUACAUCAUAAAAGUCCAAAACAAAUAAGAGAGGUUCGUGAUGUCCAAUUUUUACCAGAAAAAAUGACCACCAAAUUAGCCAAAGAAUUAUAUGAUCAAAAUCAGAAAUUAGAACAGGAAAACCAACAUACCUUUUCAUGUGUUAUACAAGGUGGUAACUUGGCUCAUAUGUGUAUGUCUAUUAAAUCAGUGAUAUCUAAUGAACAGAAGAAAACUAUCUGGCUUACUGCU